UUCCUGAAAAAGGUACUGCAAGUCUUAGAGAAAAUCUUAAGAUGAUGUCUCUCAAUCAACUUCAUAUUUGGGCAGAAUUGGAGGAUGCUAAAAUUCAUUUUACUAAUACUUUUCAAGUUCAAGGAUGCUUUUCAAGUCAUGCUGGACUUGUUUGUUUGUGUGGUCAUGCAAUUGAUGAAGAUUUGAUUUGCAACAUUGGUGCAAAUGAUAGUUUGGAUCUAGAUGCUUGGAUUAUUUCUUCACUUUUAAUACAUGCAUUGAUAUUACAAUGUGUGAUUCCUUCUGUAUAUCCAGAUCAUCCUAAAGCUGAUGUACCUUAUAAAGAUAGGAUUCUUGACACUAUUAAUGUUCUGAAAGAAGCUGUUAGGUCUUGGAGAAUAUUCAAUGAGCUUAUUCCUGGAAAAGGAACCUCAAGUCUUUGUGAAAAUCUCAAGGCCAUGAAAAAAGCUGCACAUCUGGAGAAUGCCGAGAAAGAAUUCUCUAAAAUAUUUCUAGUUAAUGAGCUACAAUGUUCUAAAGGCUUAAUCUCAUCAGAAUUAUACAAUUUUACAGAAAAACAAAAGGAAGUAAUUGAUAAAUUAUUGCUGGAAGAUGAGAUAAAUGUUCCUGAAUCAGGCUCUGAUGAUGUUGUAUCAUCAUUGGUUAAAAUUGGUGUGAUAUCUUACUUGAAAUCAGGAGAAAGUAGAGUUGUUGGGUUCACCUCACCUGCAAAAAAAUUAUUAUCAUUUUUUCAAAGAUAUGCUCCAAUGAAAGAACCAUUGAGAGGUGAAUUUAAUUUACAUGACUUGACCAAAGAAGCUUUAUCCAGAAUUGACAUUGAAACAUUGAGAAAUAGUUUGGAUGGCAUAUAUUUACCAAUACCAAUCCAAUCAUACCUCAUACUUGACUUCCGAGAAACUAAAAUGGUGAGGAAAUUCUACUCCAACACAUGGUAUGUCAAACCAAACCAUGAUUUUUCAAUCUUAAAUGUUUCGACUGAGCAUGAUGAAUUUAAAAUUCUAAAUAAGAAAAAACCUAUGUCACAACCAAGUAAUAUCACCAAUACCAAUCUUGGAAACUUGAACAAUUCAGUUAUGCAAAAUGAAUUAUCCUCUAGCAGUUUUAUUAAAAAAGAUACUAAAGAACAUGAAAGACAUAAAUUUUCAAAAAAUAUUCAUAUGAUUGAUGAUAAUGAUAAAGAAGAUCUAGAAAAUUUUUAUCCAGGGGAUAUUGUUAGUGUUGAUGUUAGUGUAAAAAGAUAUAGGAAAAAAUACAAACAAACUAAUAAUUAUAAAAAAUCAUCAGAAAAGAAAUCUGAUAAUAGUGGUGGUGAUGAACUAGAAAAUUACAAAGAAGUUGACCCAACAACUUUACUAUUAAAAAUUGAAAAAUCCCUUGAAGGAUUGUGCCAUGAAGAAAUUCAAUUUAGACCCACAAAACCUGUUUUUAACAGCAUUAAGAAAUGUAGAGCAAAUUUUCAAAAUGAUGAAUUAGACACAAAGGCUUUUAUUAUAAAAACAAAAGCAGAAAAAAAUCUUACGUCAACAGUAACUAAUUUUCUUGCUGGCAUAAUAGAAUUACCACAAAUCAAUGUUACUUAUGAUGGAGUAGAUUUUGUAUGUCCUGGUAGUAGUUCUAUUGGCAGUUUACAAGCAUACACCAGCUUUUUUUCUCAAGUAGGGACGUUCAUCCCUAUCACAGGUCUUCUUUUUACUAUAGCUGUUUAUGGCACGAAAUCUAUAUUUGGUAUUAUGACAACCUGCCUUCUUGAUGACAUUGUUAUUCUUACAACUUCUUUUGGACCGAUUCUUUGGUGGUACACUUAUACCAAACCAUUAUGGUAUUAUGGAGUAAUACAUGAAAUCAAAGAGGAUCUAAUUUAUGACAAAGAUCUUAUCAAUUCAAUAGCUAUUGGGAUUUUUUUUGGAAGCAUGGUAAUUCUUCUGACUUUUUGGGGAAUUAUCAGGUUCCAUUUUCACCAAUAUCGGAAUGAGCUCAACAAAGAUUCAAUAUGGUUUCAAAUGCUUCCAAAGGAGUUACGUCUUACCAACAAAGAAUUCUUCACUGCUUUUAAAGCCAUGUUUAUUUGGGGGUAUUUUCUUCAUUCAAUUGAAGUCAUAGUUUAUAGUUUCUUGACAUACAAGUAUAUAUUUUCAACAUACUUCAGACAAAUUGAUCAACUUAAUUCAAAUAAUGGAUCAAAGAAUGUUGUAUAUAAUAGGCAAAUCAACUUGUUAUUUUUAAACUACUUCAUGAAUUUUUGUUAUCUCCUUGCAACUUUUUGUUUAGUUGUAACAUAUCAUUUUCCUAAUUUGGAAAAAUAUGUAUUUUGCAUUACUGGCAAAAAGAGACAUUAUAAUGGCUUUGUUCUUUUUAACACCACUCUCACCAUUGUUUUGACCCGUUCAAUCGCAUCAUUCUUUUCUGACAAUGGAGUAAUUGAAUGUACUUAUAAACAUGGUGGAGAUGAGAAAGUUUAUGCAGAAAUCAAAGUUAAAAACAUUAAUGAGAUUGUACAUUUUUAUUAUCAAAAGGAUAAAGCAUUGGACAAAUGGACAAGAUGCCGAUUUGAAAAACAUAUAAAGGAUUUACUAAAGGAUAAAAAAUUCCAAAACAUUCGAAGAUUUUUUCUUAAUGUGAAAAAGUAUCUUUUUGGGAAAGGAGUCUUUGAAAGUGGUCCAAUAUUAGAAGAAAUCAAGAAAAUUACCGGGGCGGAGGAAACUUGUCCUCUAAAACAUCAUAAUUGUGAAAGAAUUAAAGAAGCUAUGAAAAAAAGGAUCAAAUGUCGAAAGAAAAAAACUAAAAAAGUGAAAGGGGAAAAAGAGAAUAAUGAUGGACCAAUAACGAUAGAAGUGAAAAGGAUGAGAGCGGAAAAUAUGGUACGGAUCAAUAUACUUGAAACCGGAGCUCUUAAUUAUUUUAUUUACUCUCAUCGCAAAGAUUCUGAAGAGGAAGACAAACAAAAAGUUCAAAAAGUGCAAAAAGAGAAAUAUAUAUUUAAAAUUAGAGAAGUUCCAUAA